GGAACACAUAUUUUAUUGGCGGCAUGCUGGCGAUUGUCUCACUAUAAACUCAGUCGCUGAUAUUGUUAUGCGGAAAUAAGGCAUACUGUACAUGUAAGCGUCAGUCCUGUUGUUGUCAUUACAUAUAUGCCCGCUCUGGAUGAUCUUGUCAUAAAUGGCCUGAUCUUGGUAUGUAGCGAUAUCAGCUUAUGUUUGCACUUGAAGUUGCACACUCAACAUCUAAGUGCGAAAUGGAGUUUGAUUUCCAGAGUGCUUUUCAUCCUGCCACACCGCCGUAUACUGACUCUAGCGGGGCCGAAUUCGACGAAGCUAUAUCGUCACUCCUUGAACAAUCACCUCAAGAACAACAUGUGGAUAUAAGUGACACGAAUGAGUUGCAGAAUUGGCUACAGAGCCAACCUAUUUUUAAUGCCUACGAAGAUCCCUUCCAGUCCCUGCAAGCUGGCUUACUGAACACUGAUAGCGUUGGUGUCGACCCACGAGGAGGGUUGAUGCUGCCAGAUUUACAAGCCAUGGAGAACGUUCAACCUCAGGAAGCUAGUAAACCUGUUAAUCAACCAAAGGCGACGAAACGGAAAGCUGGAGAUAGCAGCAAUAUCACUAAAAAGCAAAAAUCAGAAGCGCAGAAACAGAGAUUUCCUAAGCCGCCCCAGCCUGUACCUCCUGCUCCUAGCCAUGGUGGACCGAAGAACCCGUCACAUAAUGCAGUAGAAAGACGCUAUAGGAACAAUAUCAAUACGCGUAUGCUCUCUUUACGUUGUACAGUACCAGCUUUAGUUGCACAACCACCACCUCAGACGUCAUCCAGACGUAAACCGCCGCCAUUAUACGUGGAGGGUGUAGCAGUACCCAACAAGAUCAACAAGCAGACGGUGCUUAUCGGUGCAACUGAUUACAUUCGUCGCUUGAGGGGUAGAGAGCAACGUUUGAUGCGUGAGGUUGAAUUAUUACGGGCUACCUUGCCCCCAGCGGAGAAGAUAUCAUGGGAAAAAGAAUGGGGUGCAGUAGAUGAUAGAGAUUUAUAUGAUACAAUUGAAGAUUUCGUCCCACCAGACAACACUUUUGUCGACUUGGUUGAUGAGCCAAUAUCAUCGACGUCGGACGAGCAACAAUCGCAGCAGUCACCAUCUAGCGAUGGUAGCAGCGCACCUAGAUAUCUCCUCGGUAUGUUUUUAUCAUUUGGUUUACUUCAAAAGCCCUAUCAGAAGCAACAACAUCUAUUCAGAAGGCGAUUCGAGGAAGGCACAAUUUUGUCAAGCAGUCUCCCUUCAAAUGCUACGGAUGAGCAAUUUCAGUGGAGACAGCAUAUUAUACCGGACCUCUACCACCCGCAUGUCCAUGAUAUCAUUCAGACGAUUCUCAUCUGUUUGACGUUGGCUGUUUUGCUCUAUCCGCUUCUUCCAAGCGUUAAAAGUAAUCCUUUAGUGAAGGGCGUGGAAAUAGGUUGGAUGUCUCUUCAACGUCUUUUUAGUUUCAAGAGAGGUGAAACAACUGAUGUCACGAUCAAGCAUGCUCAAAGGCAAAUAUAUAGCUCCAAAGAUUACUCGAAGAUAGAUAAGUUACACACGUACAUGACACUUGCUUCAUCGCGUCAAAUCAAGGAAUCUCCAUUAGCAUUGGCAACAGCAGCGUUGCACAGCAGCUCUAACAAGCAUUGGAAAGCUGCACAAGCUAUGAAAACUCUUGAGAAUGAGCCGAGAUAUGUUCAGUUAGCACUAGAAAGGGAUCUCAAUGAUGCACUUCAGCUAUGUAAAAUGGGAGAUAACACUAGUGAAUUGAAUGUGUUACAGAAAAUCUCCACGAAUGUUUCCAUACUAGCACUCGAAGAGCUUUGGAGUUUGAUAUUCACUCAAAUCGUUGAAGAAAAGGCAUCUGCUAGUGAUGUACAACUAAUCAACAAAGCUAUCACUCAAUUAAUGAUAUCUUCAAAGGAUCUCCCAUUUGUUAGCACAAUGUCAACAUUAUCUGCAGCCAUGUGGGCUCUCUUCCAAGGCAAGACGAGUAUUGCUUUCCAUUUAGCAUCAAAUGUUAGCAGGGAAGCCAGCUCGUUAAAAUGUCUACGGGUGUUCAGCAUGCUUACUAAUACUUCUAUCAAUCUCGAAGACGAUGAUGAAGAUGUUACCGACAAGCAAUUCGCAAGAUGUGAUGACUUAGCCACGGUCACUAUGCUGUACUUUUCUUUGAAGAUCUCUUUGCAAGGCGUCAAGGAAGGAGAUGAAAAUAAGGAACAAGCGAGAUCAUUGUAUGGAUUAACGCUCAGGUUGCGCUCCUUGCUUGGAUCACUCGAUAAAGAAGACAGCAAACUCCUUGAUAAUGAUACUUUUGAUGCUGCCGUUGAUUGUCUCCAAGUUACUGGCUACAAACUGAUGGGUUUUGAAUCCUGAAAUUCUUUAUUUUGCACUUAUUUUGGUUUUGUAUUAUCGUUUCAAUGUGGAAUGUAUUCCAGCGUAAUAUCGUUAACAGCGUAAAUAUACAAGUCUUCCAGUAUCCUCAUGAAUAACUCUAUUAGUAUCAUCCUGAUGUAGUGUAUAAUCGAGUAUCAUCACCCUUUAAUCACAUUAAUUUGAGUCGUCACUAUCGGCAGAGCUACCAGUGCCAUUACUAAAAUAUAACACACCCUUUCUUGGGUAUAGGCGAUAUCAACAAAAUCACCUUGCAUGGUGUCUUCUUGCGUUCAUCUAAAAUAGCGAUACAAAUGGUCGCUGUAAUUUGAGUAAUUGGAUAGUGACUUGGUCAAGAACGUCGCCGAUGUAUAGGAGACCUGAUUCUUCACCAAUUGACUUUUCAACUUUCUGAUGAUGUCCAAACAUGAGAGGAUAUCAGCGUUACACGAGCCAGCUUUUUAUUCCCAACCAUCAGAUACUGAUUAAGGUUAUUAUGCAAAAGAAU